AAUUACCAUUGAGUCGAGAUUGUCAAUGUAGGGUAGGGGAAAGGGUGUUGUCAGCGGGGUGGUUUUCCUGCCCCCGUGAGAGGCGCCUCGGCAAUCCUCCCCGUGAGAUUGCGCCUCCUAUAUAACCUGAGGAUUUCGUUUUACCGAACACCACUCGACUAAGAGGUUCAAUCCAGUGUACAGCAGCAUGAUCCUCUUUACCAAGCAUUUCUCUGUCUGUACGAGCUUCGCUCUCCUCAUCACCUGCGCCACGGCUGAAUACGACACCAGAGAAACCGAAUUAAAUGGCGGCCGAUUACCGGAGGAAAAUAGCAUGUGCUCGGGAACAAGCUGCGCGAAGCGAAGUCCCCUGAACGGUGCUGCUGGUUCAAUGUGGUUCGGGCCGCGUCUCGGCCGCAGGCGAAGAUCCGACGAGAGGCUGGACAUGGACCCGGAGGAGACGAACGCGAUCGCCGACGUGAUAAACGGUGCGCCCUGGGCCUUGGUUUCCAUCCCAGGAGGCAAACGUCACGCUUUGCAGGUUUUCACCCCGAGAUUGGGGCGGGAAUUAGGUGAGAAUUACGGGUUCAAUUCUCUGUCCGGCGACCAGGGCGGGAAUCAGGAUGACAUAGAGCAGCGUUCUCCACCUUUCGCACCGCGUCUUGGACGUCGUCUUCCCUUCGCACCUUCGCCGCGUCUGGGUCGCGAGCUUCGAGCACUUUUCCAGAAGGUCUAGAUAUGUCCACACGUCCAGGGAUUCCUGCUCCGGAACCCCUGAAUUUAGUCCACUUCCGUUGUAACAUAAUUUUACAUUGAUUGAUAUAAUUAUUAUAAUUAAAUGGUAUAUUACACGAUUAUACUGUAUAUUAGCCGUACUAUUACCUAUGUGACAACCUCUGUAAUGUGUAAUCAAACGCGAUAUUGCAAUAGAAAGUUGAAAAUUAAAAAGAAAA